AUGCCAAACACUCAACCAGCACUGACAGACUUGGCCACCUUUUCCCAAAUCAGCCGGUUGGCCGAACAAAAGGCCUGUUGUGACUACGGUCUUUAUGCUGGGGCUACUCGAGCCAACUGUUUGCCUUAUUCAUCGGUCUCCUCUGAAUUAUUAAGUACGAGCCAGGUGGCAGCACUAUGUCACAAAGUCGUUGGGCUCAAAAUGUACAUGAACCAGUCAUUUAAUUCCCUUGACCUAUCAGAUUCAAUGAGCGAAUGGCGGAGGCACUUCCAGGUCAAUUUCUUUUACUUCUUUUUGACUUUAUAG